AUGAAUAAUGAUAAUUAGAAUGCUUAAGUGAUUCUAAAAGCAAAUCUCGCAAAGACCAGAAUUACUAAGAUUCUAUAAAAAAAACCAGAUUUUCAACUAAAGCUUAAGCUAAAUGCUCUAGAAUCAAUUAUUUCAAAUUUACCUACAGAAGAGGAAUCUCCUCCAUAAUAAUCAAUAUAAACUUUAUAAUCUUCUUCAAUUCUUAAAAAAGCUAAAGAAGUUAUAACCUCUAGAAGACAAAAGAUUAAUUUUGAUUCUGUAUACUUAGAUCUUAAGAAGGAGACCAUUGAAGAAGAUUCAUAUAAUUAAUUGAUUUUCAACAAUCUUGAUAAAUAUGUUAUUCAUUAAGAUCCUAUCUUGUAAAAAGCGCCUACAAUGAUUAAACAUAAAUCUGAACAAUAAAUUAUUCAUGGAUAUUAGAUGUUACCAAAAAUAGCUGUUAGUAAUCAGAUAAAACGAAAAUAGGAAACAAUGAAACUACUUAAUUAAAAACUUAAAAUAGAUUAAUAGUUGGUAAAAUAAUAAACCUUAAGGGAGCUUUAAUAAAUGAAAUUGCCUGAUAUAUUAAAAAGUGUUACUAUUAAUGAUUUAAAAUAAAAAGAAAAUAUCUAAAAGUUUAUAUUAUAAGGAGAAUUUUAUUAAUAAUGGAAAAAAUCAUUUAAAUUAAAUAAACCUCCUUCAUUAAUUCAAUCUUUUAUGAGCAUGAAUUAAUAUUUAUUAGAUUCAGCUGAUUACAUAGAUAAAGUGAAUAAGAUUGAAAGAAAAUAAAUAACAGAUCAAAUGGAAUCUUUAAAUGAUUUUGUUGGAAAUCAAUUUGAAAAAUUAAAGAUCAAAACUGAUCCAUGUUGA